CUUCAUAAGAGGUGGAGCUUUCAGACGAGAUCUGCCAAGAAAAACCAAACCAAAGCCAUCAAAAUGACACUUUAAAGACUCAACAAAUGAUCGACAGCAACACUCAGGUUAGACAACAUUAUUACUUCUAAUACUAUCCGUCUAGAGGAUUCCUGAUGUAUUCUCAAUCAGAUUGGAGUAAUUAAAAUCUAACAACUUUUGUUAAAUGAUCAGGAAUUAAAUAAAAAGUGUGUAAGCACAAUCUUAAGUCAUCUGGGCCACACCGCAGUCUGGUUAAAGAUGUCAAGAAAAGUUGAGGUGGUCGUCAACGCUCCGGUUCAUCUGGAAGAGUCCACGUCUCCCAUUUACGUCACCGAAGCAAAACCUGGUGAUCCUCCUGGAGUUCGUGGCUUUCUGAAAAUCAACCCAGCAGCUCUUGGGUGGUUGGAGAUUUUGACAGGCGCAGUGGCUUUUGGACUUGUGUUCUGGAACUAUGAGCGUUAUCUUUUAAUACCAGCUUGCUAUUUAGUUUUAACAGGAGUUGUUACCGCCACAGCCGCAUGUACACGUAACUCAUGCCUGGUGGUCACCUCACAAAUCUUAAACUUCUUCAACAUCAUCAGUUGUGCGGUUGUUGUCGUCCUGUUCCUUAUGCUCUUUUAUAUUGCGUCUACUGUCCGUGUGUUUUUAGCUCCAUCUAUGACCUCGAUGGACAUUGCCUUUGUAGUCUGCAAUGGUCUGGGAUCAGUUUUAUCUCUUAUCAUCUUCUCGACUACAUGCUGCUGGUGUAAAUCGAGGAAGCGUGUCAUGAUCUUUCACAUGAACACAAUUCCUCCAGCAGUGAUGAAUGAUGUCACGUGUGUGGAUCAUCCAGGUGCAGUUCCACCAGCCUACUACAGUCCUGUCCCAUCUUCAGAACCACCGGCCUAUGAGUAUGAACAUCGCUCAUCCAUCUCUGGACCAUCUGCUCCGGUGUGGGACGAACGAAGAUGGAAAGAAGAACUGUAUCGUAGCCGAAAACCCAUCCAAGUCUGACCUGGAAAAUAUAUCCCAGUUUCCAAACCAUAGCGUUGAUAUGCUCUAAAGUAGAGCUGCAAUUCAUUUGAUUUGUGGAUGAAUGACUUUGCUUUAUUAGACAUCUGUGGAUCUUGACCCGGAUGAAGGAUCUUCACCUGUUUCUCUGUCUGGUGCUGUAGACUCCACAGCUCUUCUCACACAGAAGACACACUUGAUGCUGAUGUCUAUUUAACACUGACUGGUUUACAGAGCAUCAAAGCUUUAGAUUUAGUUUAAUCAACAGUAUGUUCUCAUAGAAUGACACAGAAACAGUGAUCUUCACUGUUUAGUUUGACUUUUUUUUUUUACUGCACUUCCUCCUCUGUCAGUGAGAUUGAACGUUUAUCUGACUGUAGAUGAAUGAGAAAAUCUGCAUAUUCUGCUGGUAGUUUAGUUGUCACAUCUGAACUGAGGCGUAACCGAGUCACCUGACUGCAUACCUGCACUCUCUGUGACGUCACUAGACCCCGCCCCCAACACCUGAGCUGCGCGCAGAUCAGAUCCGACCGUCUGCAGUGACUCUGUUACCACACCUACCGAAAAAAUUACCGCAUACAAGUCAGAUAACUGCACUUUUUACAGUUACAUUUUUGUAAUAACUGAGUUGUUGGUAUGUUCGGGUCACGCGCGAGUUGUCUUGUGUUUUCAUUUGGUUUUAACAAAUGUUGACUAGUUUCAUUAAUAAUCAUCUGCUGGUUCUGGUUUAAAUAGUAAAACAGACGGUUUAUUUUGCGAUUAUGAUCUCACCUCUUACAGGAAAUAUAAUGUUAGGUUCCCAAAAAGUUACCAAACCAUUAGAAAUCAGUAAAAAAUCAGUAAAUAAUUAUAACAUUAUUUUAUACAUUUUACAAUAAUUAUAAACAUCACUGCAAUCUCUACAAUCUUCUAUUAGUUUAUUAUGAAACGAUAUUUUAUUGUAUGGUUUAUCUGGACAGUGAGAAUCUGCAGUACUCUGUUCUGACACUAGAGGUCAGUGUGAAUGCGACGCUUGUGUUUCUUUACAUAAUUUGGUGCGAAUAAAGUACGUGCGAAAUGAUUUUCCACAUUUUUGUCAUGUUGUAUUUCCUUCAUUUAUGUCUGUCCAUUCAAAUAUUUUAUAUUUCCAACCAGUGCAGAGACAGAGGGGUGUCUGGGAUGGCCGGUCAGAUGUCAGGGGGGUCCAGUGCCACCCCAGACACCCCUCUGUCUCCGUCACUGGAGAUUUGAAUGGACAAACAUAAAUGAAGGAAAUACAACAUGACAAUAAUUUAGAAAAUCAUUUCGUACGUAAUUCACGCGUGCACAGCUAUAGCUUUAAGGUUCGUGCUUUUUAGCUUAAACGGACAAAUGCUCAUAUAGCUGUCUUAGUGAGUAUUAUAGUAAACAAUUGGUUACUGUAUGUCUUAAACGAAUAAACAUUUUAUUGCAUUCGGUAUAACAAGGCUAUAAGUAACCCGUUGAGUUUUUUGUCAUUAAAGUUAAUUAAAUAACAAAAGAAGAAGAGAAAAUCACUCACUGCUCCUGACUGAGUAACUUCGUAAAAAAAGACGAAUCCAUAUUUACUUUUAAAUAAAUUUCUUUUUUGCAAAAAAAUAAUUUGUGUACAGCUUUGCUAUUUGAAGUAAGUUUGUGAAGUCUGAUUCACAUUUACAUUUAUGUUUACUUCUAGUAAUGCAUAAGGAAUAUUUAUCUAAUGUGAAGUAAUCCGUGAUCAUGAGAUUCAUUCAUGCUUUUUAAUAAAAGGUUACACAUCGACUAUGGAUCCCCUAAAGUAGCCUUGGCCACCCCAUUUAAAAUAAUUUUAGUUCCGACACUGUUCUCAACUCAAGCAUAUUUUCGUUGACGGGUUUAAUCUACAAUUUGUCUUUGCUCAUUUAGUGUUUAAAAAAUGUAUUUGGUUAAUUAGUAUUAUUAGUAAUAAACAUCCGUUCAUACCACAAAUUUGAAUAAGGCCCACGUGUUUUCCUGUUAAAAUAUAUUUUAAAUAAAACAAAUGAAAACAUAGGAGUCAUUAAAUAGCUACAUAACACUUAACUUUUUAAAAGACACAUUUUACUUCAUAUUUUUGGUGAGCUUUUAAUAAAUACAAAAGUAAAAAGAA